UCAUUCAGUCGAGACCUGAGCUAGUACAGCACCGUCCGCAAAUAAAGAAACGAGACUCCAACAUGAAGGUCGCCGUUGUUCUCACCUGCCUGCUGGUGGCCGUCGCUGCCAAGCCCCAGUUCGGCAGAUUUGGAAGUUUCGGUGGAUUUGGCAGUGCCAGGGGAAGCGCCAACUCUGGAUCCACUCAGGGACAGUCCGGUGGACCCUUUGGAAACAGCCAGAUUCAGAACAGCUUCGCUAACGCACAGGGUUCUGCUUUUGGGCGCGGCGCUUCUUUCAACAGCGCCGGCAGCAACGUUGGACAGAGCACAGGACUCUUCGGAAACCGUCAGUUCGCCAACAACCGGGCGACCAGCAACCAGUUCGGACGCUAACCCGAACCUUUCAUAGAUAAAUACAUUGAUAAUUGUUUGAAGAAUUGUGCAUAAAUCAUCAUGACAUCAUUAUUUUUGUUGGAACUACCCAUGCAACUACCCAUGCAUUGAAUGUGAAAUAUAUUCAAAUUACAAACCCAAUACAAAAGGCUCUUAGAUUUGAAA